GCAUCAUCUCACUGUCUGACCUGCUGCAAGCUAUGGUCUUAACCCCGGCAGGUAUUGAAGCCCUUUUGUCCUAGCGGGGGCCACGGGGGCCCGAGUCUUGGUCGGUGUCGGCUUCGGUCCCGGCUGUGCUCCCAGGCAGGUACACCCGGAAGUUGUUGGUUCGGCAUGCCGGGCUUUUCACGCCGAUCUCGCCAGCUACCCCGUGAUCUCCAAAACAACACAACAAAGUGGAGCGAAUAAAUAUGGCGACCCCAGAGGAGUCACGAAGACGCCCCUCGCUCACCUCCUCUUCGGUCGGCCUGGAGGCGCUCUUCCCCACCGGCACGUCGGCGCACUCUUGCGGCGACGAGAACCCGGAGCUCGAGCGACUGCGGGAGCGUCUGGCGGGCUGGUUGUGGCCGCACGAAGCCGCGCUGCUGGGGCUUCAGCAGCUGCUGGUGUGGGAGAGGCCGCUGUACAGCAUCUCGGCGGCUCUCACGCUCAACACCUUAUUCUGGCUCCUGUCAUCCACCUCCCUGCGCCCCCUCUUCCUCUUGAGCGUGUCCCUCCUGGGACUGAUGCUGCUGGAGAGAUGGAAGCCCAAGUUGCCCAUCAUUACUAUUUCGCAUGAAGAGGUGCCCCCCAUCCAAAGUGAAUCCAUGAGCGGGGAGCAGCGUCUGCUCAGCAUUCCCGAGCUCAGCCACCACCUGGCAGAAAGCUACCUGACCUGCUGUCUGUUCCUGCAUGAGACUCUGCAGUACAAACGUCAAAACCACGGAAAGUUUUGUGCCAUGAUGUGCAGCGGCUGUUUUGCGCUGGCAGGUGUUGGACAUUAUGUUCCAGGAAUCAUGAUCUCUUAUAUAAUUGUUCUCAGUGUGCUGCUGUGGCCCCUGGUGGUGUACCAUGAGCUCAUCCAAAGGAUGUACACUGGCCUGGAGCCCAUCCUGAUGAAACUAGACUACAGCAUGAAGGGAGAUACAGAGCGUCGCAAGCACGACAAGAGGAAGGUGAAGAAGGAGGUGGAGGAGGGGGAUGAACCAAGAGCGGAGACGGAGAGCGAAAGUGAGGAGGAGCUCUCCUUCUUUGCUCCAACGGUGGAUGUGAAGACCACAGCUCUGGCGAUGGCCAUCACAGACUCCGAGCUAUCCGACGAAGAGGCGUCCAUAUUGGAGAGCGGCGGCUUCUCCGUUUCCAGGGCCACCACACCCCAACUCACGGAUGUCUCUGAAGUAAACAGCAGACGAGGUGCAGUCAGGAGGCUGAGAAAAGAGGAGCGGCCUCUGCCAUUAUCUGUCAUGCAGCAACCAGCACUCACUUAUGGAGCUGAUCAUUAACGUGGAGUCAACAUCUUCUUUCUAGAAGUUUUAGUUUGGUUUAGCAGCCUAACGUUUGUGUCCAUUCCAAACCCCAUGGAGAUAAUUGCAAUUUAACAAUGCAUCAAACACUGUCAUGGGCACAGAUUUACAUCCAAAUUUAUGAAACAGCUUUGCUACUUUAGAUGACAUUGUGACCUGACCUUUUACCCAAAUAUAUGAUGUCUGAACAACAUUACAUUGUUCAAAGUGUUUGCAUAUUUAUUAUCCUUUAUUUGCUUUCUCAAUCAUAGCCAAAGCGGCACAGUAGUUUUGAAAUGACGUCUUCGAAAUGGCAACAUAUUUUUUACCUUUUUGAUAUAAAAGUGGGACAUUAUCUGUAUUAUAAACUCAUGACUAUUGAACAUAUUGGAUUUAACUGAAUUGUGGUAGUCAAUGUAGUCUUUUUGUGUGUUUGUAUCAGAUUAUUUAUGGUAAAUACACCUCUUUAUGACAAUAAUCAUUUAAACAAAGUUAGAUCUUGUUUUACCUUACUGUGUGUGAACAGCAGAUGAGGUGCAGUCACGAGGCAGCAAAAGGGGUGCAGACUGAGAGAAAAAGUGUUUGCGGGUGCCUUCUCCUUUCUAAGUCUAAGUCCACAGACAAUCCCUCUUUAACGUGCUGGUUUGUUGGCUUUUUUGAACCCAUAUUGAAUAAGCAAAAGAGACAAAACUUGGUGAAUGGCGAGAAAACCCGCAGCAGCAGUGAGAAGUAAAGAGAAUGUGAUGUAGGUGGCGCCGCCUCUCCAAAAGGGCCCGUGUGUACUGUACUGUACAGGAAGUGAUGUCAAAUAAAUGGCAGUGUUUUUCAACCUUUUUGGAAACAAGGCACAUUUUUUUCAUUAAAAAAUCCGGAGGCACACCAGCAGCAGAAAGCAUUGAAAAAUAAAAGUCCACCAGGCUUGUAACUCCCUCCAAACAGCAUGGACACAAUGGCUUUCUUGGACUGAUUUAUUUGAAGCCUUCCCUUCCCUUCAAAUUCACCGUGAAAAAGCAGGUUACAAACGUAAAAAUAAUAACAUACACAGCAUGUGGAUCAAACAUUUUACCCAAGUAAAAUACAAACAGAAAUGACAAAUACCUUGGUGGCCUGCAUGCUUCUUUUAGGAGGAAAUUCUGAUCUUCAGGCUCUUGUUGCCCAAACGCUUAAAGUCCUUCUGACACCUUUUAGUGGUUUUUACAAUCAGUCUCUCUCUUUCUCCCUUCACUUUGCAUUAAAAAAUGUUUACUCGUACCUGGAAGUAGUUUCCUUACAUCAAACGACAGACCAAACGAGACACUUCAAAAUAAAAGUAUGCCCACAAACUUAAGAAAAAGGCAUGAAAUAACAUUUUUAACCAUAAUAACUAAAUAAAGCCUUCUCAUGAACUUUUAUGCAUUUUGAUUUAAAUUCCCUUUUAUGAACUUAACUUAUUCUGUUUUUAGAGAAAUAAUACUAAUUAUAAUAAUUGUUAGUAGCAUCAGUUACAAGGUUGUCGUGCCCUUUUUGGAGUUUGUUGAUGUUUUGCUUUAGUUCUUGUUUUACGCUGUUAUUCUGGUGUUUUCCUGUAGCAGCUUCACGACUUCCUUUGAGUGUUAUUGCCUGCACCUGCUUUGUGUUAGCAAGCAAGACUAUUUAAGUUGUGCGGAUUCUAUCCUUCUUUGUGAGGACAUUGUUGAUCGUCAUGUCAUGUACGGAUGUGCUUUGUGGACGCCAUCCAUGCUCCACAUGCUGUAAGUCUUUGCUGUCGUCCAGCAUUCUGUUUUUGUUUACUUUAUAGCCAGUUUAGAUUUACCUUUGUUUUGCAUAGCCAUCUUUAUGCUUCAUUGCCUUUUUAGUUUAAGCAUUGCACGGCUUUUUACCUGCACGCUGUCUCCCGCUGUGGUCUGCAUAUUGGGAUCACAACAAACCAUCCUCGUCUCACGCGACGCA